GGGGUUGCUGCGCCUGCGCACAACGCUGCCCGCCCCUCGCCAGCAGUAGCAGCAGUAGGAGGAGGCGGUGUUGGUCCCGGCUGGGGCGAUAGCGUGAGGGUGCCCGAGCGCCGCUGUUGCCCCCUUUUAUCCGGGAGCCCCAGGUCCGGGCCGAGGAGGAGGAGGCGUCCCGGCCGCGGAGGGAGUCCGAGCGGCGGCGGCGGCAGCAGCAGGAGUCUGUGCCCGGCCCCCCCUGCGCUCAGUCCCGUUACAACCCCCUUCCUCCGCGCUCCGCAGCCACCAACAUGUCGGCGCCGGCGGCCAAAGUCAGUAAGAAGGAGCUGAACUCCAACCACGAUGGGGCCGACGAGACCUCAGAAAAAGAGCAACAGGAAGCAAUUGAACAUAUUGAUGAAGUACAGAAUGAAAUAGACAGACUGAAUGAACAAGCGAGUGAGGAAAUUUUGAAAGUAGAACAGAAAUACAACAAACUCCGCCAACCAUUCUUCCAGAAGAGGUCAGAACUGAUCGCCAAAAUCCCAAAUUUCUGGGUAACAACAUUUGUCAACCACCCACAAGUAUCUGCACUGUUGGGGGAAGAAGAUGAGGAGGCACUGCAUUAUUUGACCAGAGUUGAGGUGACAGAGUUUGAAGACAUCAAAUCAGGUUACAGAAUAGAUUUUUAUUUUGAUGAGAAUCCAUACUUUGAAAAUAAAGUUCUCUCCAAAGAGUUUCAUCUGAAUGAGAGUGGAGAUCCAUCUUCAAAAUCAACUGAGAUCAAAUGGAAAUCUGGGAAGGACCUGACAAAGCGCUCAAGCCAGACACAGAACAAGGCCAGUAGGAAGAGGCAGCAUGAAGAACCAGAAAGUUUCUUUACCUGGUUCACUGACCACUCUGAUGCAGGUGCUGAUGAACUAGGAGAAGUCAUCAAAGAUGACAUCUGGCCAAAUCCAUUACAAUACUACUUGGUUCCUGAUAUGGAUGAUGAAGAAGGUGAAGGAGAGGAAGAUGAUGAUGAUGAUGAAGAGGAAGAAGGGUUGGAGGAUAUUGAUGAAGAAGGAGAUGAAGAUGAGGGGGAAGAAGAUGAAGAUGAUGAUGAGGGAGAAGAAGGAGAGGAAGAUGAAGGAGAAGAUGACUAAUUAAACACUGAUGGAUUCCAACACCCACCCCUUCUUUUCUUACCUUUUUAAUUUUUCUCCAGUCCCUGGGAGCAAGUUGCUGUCUUUUUUUUUUUUUCCCUCCCCCCCUUGUGCUCAGUCGCCUUGUUCUCUUGAGGUCUCUUUUUCUCUCCUCUACACCAUGGUUCACCAUUUAUUUUGGGGGAAAUACCCUGAGCAGAAUACAGUGGAAAAUAAAAUCUCUACCAGUUUCUGUUCCAAGUUCAUUUUUAUCCCUUUCUAUCUAAAAACAAAAACUGUUUAUGAAAUCAACACACCAUGUUCUGUGGGAAAAAAGAAAACCUUCUGCUCCCUUCACUCUGCUGGAAGCUGAAGAGUGCUAGGCCCCUGUGUAGUAGUGCAUAGAUUCUAGCUUUUUUCCUUCUUUCUCUGUAUAUUGGGCUCAGAGAUUACAGUGUCUCUAUGUGAAUAUGGACAGUUAGCAUUUACCAACAUGUCUGUCUACUUUCUCUUGUUUAAAAAAAAUUAAAAAACUAAAAAAAAUGGGGUAUAGAAGGUCAGCAAGGGUGGGUUUCAGAUGUUUGGGUGGGUUAAGUGGGCAUUUUGACAACAUGGCUUCUUCUCCUUUGGCAUGUUUAUUGUGAUGUUUAACAAACAUCCUUGCAGUUUAAGAUGACACUUUUAAAAUAAAAUCUUCUCCUAAUGAUGACUUUGAGCCCUGCCACUUGAUGGAGAAUCAGCAGAACCUGUAGGAUCUUAUUUGGAAUUGACAUUCUCUAUUGUAAUUUUGUUCUUGUUUAUUUUUAAAUUCUUUUUUUUUUUUUUUUUGGUUCACUGGAAAGGAAAGAUGCUCAGUUUUAAACGUUAAAGUGUACAAGUUGCUUUGUUACAAUAAAACUAAAUGUGUACACAAA